GAGGGUUAACAGCCUACCGGUGACACUUUGCCCCAAAAGUGCAGCUUGGCUGGGACGGAGGUGACCCGUGUUGUGCGACCACCACCAUCAUCAUUACCAUCACCACCAUUAUCAUCAUCAUCCUGCAUCGCGACGUGGACGUGCACAGUGCGUGUUUGUGCGUCUUCCCAUGAAGGCAACGCGCGCCACAUUCGCGUCUUGAUCCCAAAAAGGACCGGACUCCGGAGGCUCAUCUCCGCCUUCCGCCGCUCCAAAGAAGACGUGGAUGGGACUACUUCACACGAAGAAGAAGAAGUGUAAGCGUGCAGCUUUCGGGACUAUUUUUGAGCGUAACUAUUAGUCUUUAACUUCGAGCGCCUCCACGCUGACCCACCGUUUCUUUUCCUUGGACUCCCUUUCCCUUUCGCGGGACGCUGGUUCCAGGAGGAGGACGUGUUUAUGGAUCUGUGCGCGGCCGCCAGCACCGGGACUCUCAUCGGUCAUGAUCCCCCGCUGCUGCUGCUCGUCUGAACUUUAAUCCACACAAGAAAAGAAAUUACAUUAAAAAAAUAACACCAGCUGCAUUUGCGAGGACGUUCUCGUUCCCGUUUUUGCGCACUUUCCACUCUAAAAGCCAAAGUCCAAAGUGUUCGUGGAUAGCAUGGCAAUGGUAGUAAACCAGUGGCCAGAGAGCAUUUCCGCAGACCCGGGCUCGCAGCUCCAGAUUUGCGGCCAGGACCCCGGAGGCGCGCCGGGGACUCCCAACGGCUCGACGCCGGGCAACGACGCUCUCUCCGGGGACAAGCUGCCCAACGUGGACUGCAUGGUGUGCGGUGACAAGUCGAGCGGGAAGCACUACGGUCAGUUCACCUGCGAGGGAUGCAAGAGCUUCUUCAAGCGCUCCGUGAGGCGGAACCUCAGUUACACCUGCCGGGGGAACCGGGACUGCCCCAUCGACCAGCACCACCGGAACCAGUGUCAGUACUGCCGCCUGAAGAAGUGCCUCAAAGUCGGCAUGAGGAGAGAAGCCGUACAACGAGGGCGCACGUCCAACUCCCAGAGCAGCCCGGGUCAGUACCUGAGCAACGGCGGCGACCCGUACAACAGCCAGCCGUACCUGUCAGGAUUCAUCUCCCUGCUGCUGCGGGCCGAGCCGUACCCCACGUCACGGUACGGCGCCCAGUGCAUGCAGGGCAACAACCUCAUGGGCAUCGAGAACAUCUGCGAGCUGGCCGCCAGGCUGCUGUUCAGCGCCGUGGAGUGGGCCAAGAACAUCCCGUUCUUCCCCGACCUGCAGCUCAUGGAUCAGGUGGCGCUGCUGCGCAUGUCGUGGAGCGAGCUCUUCGUCCUCAACGCCGCACAGUGCUCCAUGCCGCUGCACGUGGCGCCCCUGCUGGCGGCGGCGGGCCUGCACGCCUCGCCCAUGUCGGCGGAGCGCGUUGUGGCCUUCAUGGACCACAUCCGCGUCUUCCAGGAGCAGGUGGAGAAGCUGAAGGCCCUGCAGGUGGACACGGCCGAGUACUCCUGCCUCAAAUCCAUCGUGCUCUUUACGUCCGACGCCAUGGGGCUGUCAGACGUGGCGCACGUGGAGAGCAUCCAGGAGAAGUCCCAGUGCGCCCUGGAGGAGUACGUGCGCAACCAGUACCCCAGCCAGCCCAACCGCUUCGGGCGUCUGCUGCUGCGCCUGCCCUCGCUGCGCAUCGUGUCGUCGCCGGUCAUCGAGCAGCUCUUCUUCGUGCGCCUGGUGGGCAAGACGCCCAUCGAGACGCUGCUGCGAGACAUGCUGCUGUCGGGCUCCAGCUACAACUGGCCCUACAUGCCCGCCGUGCAGCGCGAGCGCCCCAUCUCGUUGCACUACAACGAGAACGGGCCCUGAAAGGCCACUCCACCCCCACCCCCCACCAUUCCACUCCGAUCAUCACCCACCCCCCCACCCACCAGGCUGAUGAUGUCACAAGAUGGCGGUGGUAGAAGUUCACCAGCAGGUCUGGACUGUCAGGCGAACUGUUUGUCGUCGUCGUCGUCGGUGCUGCGCCUCCACGUGUGCCAGUUUGAUAAAUAAUACAGACCAAGGGCUCUUUGGACUCAUUGGCCCUCACUCCCACCCAAGCCCCCUCCCCCUCCCCCCCUGAAACCACAAGCCAUUAAAAAGAACUCAUGCCAAAACGUUUUUUUGGACCUUUUGCGGAGGACUUUAUUGUUGAAUUGAGUGUUGAUACGGAGAGAUGAUUGUGUCCACAUGUACAGUAUAUCAUUGAUAUCACUGAUCAUCUAUUGGUUGAUUGACAGUGGGCGGGGACGGCUCAGGUCCACUCGACGGGCCUGACAAUAUCAAAUUUAUCGUGCCAAAGCCAAAUUCGCAAGUUUUUUUUUUUUCCCUUGUCGUCGUAAAGCCGGAGGUGGUUCUGGGCUCAAACCUGAGCUCAGAUGGGUUCGCUCCCCCAGGUCCAAAAACAAAAAAAACAUGCAUGUUCGAUUCAUUGGAGGCUCUAAAUUGUCCCUAAGUGUGAUUGGGAAUCCGCUAUCUGAGCACAGCCCUCGCAUUUCAACAACAAAGUCGUGAUAUCAGCACGUAAACAUGUAAGAGCAUGAAAGCAGACGUGGACGUACUUUAGAGCAGUCAGUGUACAGCUUCUAUGGCAGUGUAGACUUACCACCCACUGAAAAUGAGUCAACAUGCAGUCGCUAUUGUCUAACUAGCUGGUACCACACUUCAGUGGCAAGGUAACUGAGUCAUGCAUGAUGGUGGUAGCGUGCAUGAGUGCCGCCCCUCUCCAACAUAAUAAGAAGCCCAAACACAAAUGCUAAAUGUGUGGUGUGAAUAUCUGGCGCUGUCUUAAUCCUCUUGGGCAAGGAACAGAGCAGAGAUGCGCAGCUUGUUCCUUCAUGUUUCCCUUCGUUGAACCAUAGCUCCCCCGGCGCUGGCAGCACUCGUGCAGCCCGCGACUGUAGGAGAGACACCGUUAUCUUGCUAAAAGACGAAAUAAAGUUGCUGAGCAUUUAAGCAUCAAAGAGUGCUUGGAAGACAAUGCAUGAUAUGCUGCGCACGGAGGGCACCACGCUCUGAUUCAUGAAUGCCGCCGUACCUGCUGGAAUGCAACUUUCCUCUCAAUGCACCGCAGCUCCACCCGUGUCGGCAGCACUCGUGCACACUACCACCACCGUUCUUGACUGUAAAAGACGCAAUUGUCGCAUUUGUUGGAAUUCAUGUUUCCCCUCAGUAAACCACAGCUCCCCAGUGCCGGUAGCACUCGUGCAGCCUUACUCGAGGCUGCAGGCAAGACACAAUUACCUUGCCAAAAGAUCAUGAAAAUUGUGAGUUUUGCCGCUCGUGAGCAUUUAGGUCGCUGAGGUCUAAGAAGAACGUGUGCGUCACACCGCAGCUCCCGCAGCUCCCCAGUGUCGGCAGCACUCGUGCGUGCUACCACCACCAUGCACCACGGUGGGCAAGACACAGUUAACUUGCUACUGGUUUGUUUUGCCUGCCUGUUGUGCUGAUAGUAAAGCUGUACUGCUAUUCAAGCUGUGCACUGACUACUCUAAAGUACUUAGCUUUCCAUCGUGUUGUCUGUCCCAUCACAAGAUACGCUGUCCAAAAAGCUUGUUGAAUGUGAGGGCUGUGCUCUUCAGUGAGGAACUGCUGUGGUGGACUGGCGACCAGUCCAGCCCAACAGGAAUGAAUGAACGAAUGAACGAAUGAACGAAUGAAUGAAUGAACGUGAAGUAAAAGCUGAGGCGCUUGCACGGUGAAGAACACGUCCUCACUCCUGGAGAAGCACGGCGCCGCCGCCCGCGGUCCUCAUCGGAACUUCUCACGCUCGCUUCUUUUCUACGUGCGAUUGUCACAGCGGACCUUUUCAACCUUUCGUCGUUUGUUUUCUCGGGUGGUGGGCGGGCAGGGCGGGGGGGUCGGGGCGUUUAGCUGUACUUGCCUUAGAACAAAGACUUUGAACAUUUAUCUUAUGACUGUGCCAUAAUCUCUCGUCGCCUGUUAUAACAGGCAUUAUGUCCCGCAAAGAGGAGGCAGCCUGGGCCUCCCUGCAGGUUCUUUUUGUCACCAAGAGGAAUAAAAAACGCGUAUUUGGAGACGAUAGCGUAGAGAAAUGUAUCACUAACCUCUGAAAACCUCAAGUCUUUGUUACAUUAUUAUUAUUAUUAUUAUUAUUAUUAUUGUUAUCCCACUUGGACUUUAUGACUGUGACGUAGCGUAGGACUAUUUUACGUUGUCCCCCACGUUGGCCUCACGUUUCCAACACGGCACUGUGUCCUUGCCCUCUCUAGAACCACGACAGAAAUGUUCCCCUGAGUUUGUUUUGACGACCUUAGUUUGGAUGUACGGACGACCCGAUUAUUGAAAUAAAAUGUUGUUCACACUCACGUCUCUUCCUGUCCCACGUCGUCUUUGGCCCUCCAGGUGUCCCCUCAAGGAUGCUGCUUUACCGUACCAUAUUUACCAUCUCCACCUCACCAUCCUGCAAAAUGAGCGCAUGAGAGCCAUAAAGGUAGUCGGCAGGCAGCAGCUGAGACGGGGGUGGCCGAGCCCCUUCCCUUCCAGCUUUACCUUUAUUUUGAAAAGCAGCACGAGGUAAAGCGUAGCAUGGCAGCUUUGCAGGUGGAAACACCUCGACUGUCAACUUUGCUCUUUUAUUUAUUUGAGUGUAGGUAUUUUUCAUUCAACAAAUAUUUCAGCUUUCUUCAUAAAUGUUCCUCUCACAAUAUUAUGACUUUAUUGCCAUAAUAUUAGAACUUUCUUCCCCAAACUCAUUUUCCAAAA